AUGUCUUCUGAUAUUUUUGCAAAGCUUCUUAUGACGGUUUGGGCAUUGUGGAAGAAUCGAAAUGAGAAAUUAUGGUUAGCUAAGUCUCAAAGUGCAGUCGCUCUUUCUUUGGGUACUAUGGCUUGGUAUGAAAGCUUCUUACUUCAUAGGUAUCCUAAUGGGAGGAAGACAAAAGGUCGUGCCCACCAGUUCUGGAAGGCACCAACAGCAGGUAUUCUUAAGUUGAAUACUGAUGGUACCUUUUUGUCAUCAGUGGACUCUGGUGCCGUAGGAGGCGUCCUAAGGAAUGAUCAGGGUGGCUUUGUUGCGGCUGUGAUGCAUCAGGUUAGUCAUGUUACAGCAGCAGUACACAUUGAAUUGGUGGCUAUACGAGCAGUUGCCAUCCAAGCAAUAAUCUCCGAGGUGCCUGAUAUGUCUAUUUAUAGUCCUCUCAUUGAGGAUAUCAAAGUAGGUGCAAGGGUGUUUCAGGAUAUAUCUUUUGUACAUGCUCCUCGUUCUGUAAAUUGUGUUGCUCAUCGGUUAGCUAGUCAUGCCUUUGAAAAUGAAGGCUUUCAUGAGUGGUUUGCUCCAGCUCCAGAGUUAAUUUUGGAUGCAAUUAUGUACGAUUGUAAUCAUUGUAAUUGA